UAUAGAUACAAAUGCUCAAUACAUCACCAUCAUACAGACUUGUGACUCGCAAACGAAUAUAUACUUGAGAUUCAUAGAAUACUACUAUAUUCGGUACUCCCGUAUUGUGUGAGCCAGGCCAUAAUUUCAUUCCGAUUUUUAUUUUAUUCCAAUUUUAUUACGAGUUCGGGUACCGUCUGUGUUAGCCAAGUUAAUAUACCUCCUGAUCAUAUGUUUCAGGCCCUUUAGACAACUUGAUGUAAAGUAGGCGAACAAAAUUAGUUACCUCCAUAUUGAUACACACACUUCUGGAGCGCCAACUAUUGUAGUAUAAUGAACUUUGGUGGAAUCGGUUUGUUUGUCGAUUUUUAUUUAGGCCAUAGAAUAACUCUUCAAUGUGGGAACGGUUUAUUCCGCCACGAUCUCCACCGAUCUUUUCAAAAUCGUGCUCUGCAUAGGCAGCAUUGCACUGUAGUGACUGACAAUAAUAAUCACUGAAGCGACACUGAACCUACAGGAAUGCAUAUAUCGAAUUAAGUAUAAUUCAAAUCUCAACUCUUUUUUUAUAAAUACUUUCCGUCCUAUAUUGUCCUUUCAGAAUCAAUUCCAGAUGAGUUGCAAGAAGUAGAUGUAAAUAUAUUUACAGAUGAAGAUUGUAGAAAAAUGCAUCAUACUCCGGGACUGGAUGGUUCAUUUACCAAAAGUCAUUUUUGUGCGGGCCACCUUGAAGGGAAGAAAGAUACAUGCGGUGGUGACAGCGGCGGACCACUCCUGUGCGAAGAAAAUAGCAAGUACAUUGUACACGGAAUAACAAGCAGUGGCCCAGCAGAGUGUGGAAAGAAAAAUAAACCGGGUAUUUACACAAGGGUCAGCGAUUUUAUCACGUGGAUCGAAAAAACGAUGAAUGGAUUUCGUUAUCAUUGGUUCAAGUGGAAAAGAAAUAAAUGCAGUGUGACAUGUGGUAGAGGACAAAGAACAGAGACAAGAACUUGUCUUGACAAAGAUGACAAACUUGCAACAGAAUGUGACGGAAUUUCCAGACGAAAUAUUCCGUGUCGAAACCCUCCUUGCAUUAAAUACCAUUGGUCUCCUUGGAAAACAACUUGCAGUGUAACAUGUAAUAAAGGAAUCGCAACUAGCACUCGAUAUUGUGCUGAUGCAAACGACGCACCGACGUUUCCCAAUAACUGUCCUGGCCAAGAUAAGAAGAUUGAACCGUGUGUAUUGCUAAGGCGCAUUGGAUUUCACUGGACUGAUUGGGUCCCAACCUGCAGCGCAAUAUGUGGAGAAGAAACUGAAACGAGCACUCAAAACUGUGUGGACGAUAAAGACAAUCCAUCGAAACCGGACAACUCCACUGGCGAAAAAAAGAAAAUUGAAACAUGUGUUAAACCAGAAUGCAUUGAAUACCAUUGGGGAGAAUGGUUCAAGGCCACUGAAUGUAGCGCCUCAUGUGGAACUGGAGAAAUCGAAAUGAAAAGAAAAUGUCUUGAUUCUGACAACGUCGAAGUUCUUGAUACAAGUAAAUGUAAUCCCGGGAAAGAUGUUGAACUUCGCACUUGCAAUCUAAAACCAUGUCCAGAAGAAUCCUCAACAUCGUACCACUGGGGUCAAUGGAGGUCGUGGUCGACCUGUCGUCUUCGUAUGAGAGGUGGAAAUGUUUGCAACGGAUUUAAAUCAUCCACUCGGGACUGUUUAAUAGGAUCAGAGGACGUCAACCCUCGAAGAUGCAGUGAUGAAUAUCCUGGUGAAGACUAUUAUCGCGAGUCAUCGUGUAGAAUGAAAACAAGCAAUUGCCCUUGAAAAAAAACACUGUUAUA